AUGGGUCCUUCCCUCUCACUCAUUGAGAGGGGCUCGGGCUACGUAGUGUCGGGAUGGGGAGAGUACUUAGUAGUAGGAAAGUCCUCCGACCGCGGCUUGGCGGAGUUCGAGAGCUACCUCGGUUCUGCCAGAGCUGCGGUGUCCAGGCAGUCGCCGAAAUCGAUAGUGGUUCUCGGUGACUUCAACGCGAAAUCACGUGCCUGGGGAAACCCGCGAGGGAAGGCUGUCCAGGUGUGGGCCCUACUCUCCAGCCUGUUCCUACUUAACAAAGGGCAGGUGCACACCUGCUUGAGGCAGCAGGGAGGGUCCGUGGUGGACUUAUCGUUCGCUACGCCUGUCACGGCGCGCAGAGGAAUGGAGCAGGACAGGUCGUGA